AGAUUAUACUAAACGCAAAUUUGGUAAAGCGCACUGAAGCUGAAAGCGGUUUCCCAUAUGUUUACCCGUACAUGAUAAUUAUAGAAAAGAGCUUUUUAUAUUCUUACAUUUUGCAAAUUAUGAUAUGACUUUGCAUUUUGAUCUCCCGUCUAAUCUUUAAUUGGAGGCUACAAAAAUCAUGUCCCAAUCCUCCGCCGGAUGAUAACCAUGAAUGCCCAACCUUUCUUCUCCUGCACAUCCCCAAAUUAUCAAGAGACUUCAUUUCUCACUCCCCUUCUCCUUUUUUAAUUAAUUGGAGUUAAUCGAUCAGAUAAUCAUCGUAGCAAUUUGCCGAUUGCAGUUGCAGAAGGGAAAAGAGGAGAGGGGGGGAAAAGAAAAGGGGGUUACAACCAGCGAGGGUUCGAAUCUGGGCAGUUGCCAUGUCUGCAGCAGUCUGUGGGAAGCGUCUGUCGCCUUUCGAGGGAUCGCCUCCCCUUGUCGCCAAGAGACUUCGUUAUUCCUCAAUAACAAAUACACCGUCCCUUCCUUCUCCUCUUACUGAUAAUUUGGCAAAGCUUAUUGCGCUUUUCCCCGCCAUGGAUCCUCAGCUGGUGGAGAAAGUGUUCGAGUCUUGUGAUGAAAAUAUGGAUCAUGCCAUCAAGAGCCUGAGUAACCUUUGCCUCAACCCACCUGAUCAGAACAUGUCUCCUGCUAUUGAUGGUCUGUUUCAUUCAGAUAGCCAGCCAGUCCAAGGGCCUGGAUCUGAACGAGCAUGUGAUGGGAACUCUAGUAGUUUAGAGUAUGGUCAGUUAAAUGGUAAAUCUGGCUUUCCUGCUGAUGGAGUGGAGUGGGCCGAAUUUCUGGUUGUAGAAAUGAAGAAUGCAUCUGAUUUGGAUGAUGCAAGAGCUCGUGCAUCAAGGACCUUGGAGGCAUUUGAGAAGACUGUCAUGGCCCGGUCUGGGGCAACUGCUGAGGUUCUUUAUAAGGAAGUUACCUCGCUUAAAGAGCAGGUGAGAGAGUUGCUUCAUGAAAAUAGCAUCCUUAAACGAGCUGUAUCCAUUCAACAUGAUCGCCAAUUGGAGCAAGAAGAGAAAGCAAAAGAAUUGCAGCAACUACAUCAGCUUGUUGCACAAUACCAGGAGCGGGUCAAGACGUUAGAGCUGAACAACUAUGCACUGACAUUACAUCUUCGCAAGGCUGAAGAAGGAAGCUCAAUUCCUGGACGUUUUCAUCCUGAUGUUUUUUAAUUUAUUGCUUGGGGCUCUUUCCUGGCUGUUGAAACCUCGUAUUGAAGACAUCAUCAUCUGAUACAAGAACUGCUUUUUUAUUCUUCCACUGUCACUUAAGAUGCUGACAUGAUUUUCAAUCCAAUCUUAUUGGAACCAACAUGUUUGGAUUAAGAUUUUCGCCUGAAUCAGAGGCACCAAAAAAGCAUCAAAGAUGAAAGUCAUACAAGUUAUUUGUUUGGUAUUUAUAUUCCUUCAUCACUUUUUGUACCUGCAGAUUGUUCUGUAUAUAGCCUGGCAAAGCAGCAGGCUGUUAUCAUGGUUCAGCAACUACUCUUGCACAAGAUGUCCAGUUAUUUUUAACCCAUGCUUAUAUCUCCUAGGUUAGGGUAUUAAUGCGAGUCACUGAAUUUUAGAUUCAGAAACUAAUAUAUUAAAAUUAUUCAGUAAAGUGAUGGCUCAAUCAAAUAAUGGUAAUAGUGCUGUAAUAAUCACUUUGGAGUGAUUUAUGCUUUUCUCGUGGGUUUUCCACAUUGUUAUUUGAUUGAAAUUUUCACUUGAAAGCAAACAAAGUUGCAAUAUAUUCAUCAUAAUUAUCACAUUGUAAGGGAAAAACGAGUUUGAUAUUUAAUUGUCAAAAGGAAUGUUUUGCAAAGUGAUUGAUGUUGAUUAGA